GGCACACUCCACAAACGCUUUCAUCUUCUCCUCCUCAACAAAGCAAAAAGUGAAUCCUAUCUCCGUUAAGUUCUCAGCAAAAAACCAUCACACUUGAGAUAUACCCUGAGAUUCUUUGCUCCCAUUCUAAAGCUCUCGUCUUUUUCUCCAAUUCUUUGAAUCUUGAUACAGAUACACUGGUAUAUACCCACUUUUCUUUGCUUCUUGAAAUGGAGAAAAUUGUGCUUAUUGUUAGCUGUGAGCUCAAGGCUUGUGGCAUAGUGUAGGUUUCCCGGAAAGGGUCGUCGGAGUUUCAAAAAAGAAGCUCUAAAGCUCUUCCUUUCUCUCUCUCUCUCUCUCUCCUUUGGGAGCUUACUUCCUCUCUUCUUUCCCUCUCUAGAAUGGGUUUCAAGCGCAUGAUUGUAGGGAAUUUGGAUCCGGAGAGGAAAAGGAGCGGUGGGUUGAGAACCAAACAGGCGGGGCGCGGGUCUUGUAGAGGAAGUUAGGCCAUUUGAACUGCACUUGCCGGAAACCAGGAGAGCAAUGAUUCUUCGCCGGCGCUGACAACUAUUCAGUUUUUCUUUUCUAUUUAUCUCCGCAAUAAAAAAAGAGAAAGUUUUGUUCUUCAAAUAAAUUCAUAGACUGUAAUUCGCUAUGGGGUACUUGCUGAAGGAAGCUUUGAAGACUCUGUGUGGAGUCAAUCGAUGGUCUUAUGCUAUUUUCUGGAAGAUCGGCUGCCAUAACCCCAAGCUUUUGAUUUGGGAAGAAUGUUAUUAUGAACCUGUACUCUACUCCGGUAUCCACGGGAUUCCUGGGUCUCAGAACCCAGAACUGGCUUUUCAAAAUUGGAGCGCUUGUAAUUCUCAGCUUUUGCAUACAGGGGAGAGGGUGCAGUUGCUUGUGAACAAGAUGAUGAUAGAAAAUCAGUUCAACGUUGUAGGAGAAGGACUAGUUGGACGAGCUGCUGUUACUGGUAACCAUCAAUGGAUUUUGUCAGAGGGGUAUUGUCGAGAAACGCACCCAAUAGAGGUUCUGAAAGAGCUGUCUCAACAAUUUUCGGCUGGCAUGCAGACAGUUGCAGUUAUUCCUGUUCUUCCUCACGGUGUUGUUCAACUUGGGUCGUACAAAUUGAUAACGGAGAAUGUGGGUGUUGUGAAUGAUGUGAAAACGUUGAUUUGUCAACUAGGAUGUGUUCCCGGUGUCUUGCUAUCAGAUGAAAACGCAAUGAAAGAGCCCGUUCAAAACACAACAUUUCAAAGUUCCUCGAUUUCCCAAAGCGUUGUUGAGUACCAUGAUAAUCACCGCCAAGGAAAUGUUGUCGUUCCACUAAUGAAAUCGAACAUUUCUCCGAGAAAUCGUCUCAGAAAAGAAGAGAUAAAAGCUGAAGUGAUUCCUUCAAAUCCUAAUAUGUGGCGAAAUCAACAGUCCUCGACUUACAUUCCUUGGCCUCCUUCAAAUCAACAGUCCUCGAUUAUGUCUGCUGCUUGUCAUACAAAAACUAACUCUUUGCCCAACGGCUAUAAAAUAUCACAGCCAAAGCCAAGAACAGAUGCCGGGCUGAUUCCCAAUUGUCUUGAAAUUUCUGGGCUUCAAUCUGUUGGAGCAGAAACACAUCUGGAAUCAAUUCCCGAUAUAGAUUCAUUUUUGGAUGCAAACCGAUCUCCAAGGAAGAAUCUUUCUUUCCCACAUUCUGGUGCAAGUGGGCUUCAAAGUUCUGAGUUUUUCGAGGCAUCUUCAUCUGGUAAUGUGAACCAUUUGCCUACAAAUUAUUCUGCAGAUAAUAUGGGAACGGUAGAAAAUGAUUUGUUCCAAGCACUCGGGAUUGUGCUGACGCAAAAUAACGAGAAUCAGAGUUUAAGCGAGCACGUUCCUGAUUUUAGUUACGAUGCAAAACAUGAAUACGGGUUGCAGAGUUCAAUGCUGGACAGUAAUUGUGAAGAUCCAUGUGUCCAAUCGGGGGAUGACUUGUUCGAUAUUCUGGGCGCUGAUUUCAAGAAUAAACUACUAAAUGGAAGCUGGAACAAUUUCGCAAACGCAAAGGAUAUGACGGGUCAUAAUCCGUCUACAUCUCUGAUAAGUCAGGACGCCUCUUCUACUGUCAAUCAAGGGAAGUCCGACUCGGGUACAUUAGCAGUGACUUCUUUCGACCAUCUUUUAGACUUUGCAGCGUCGACCCCUUCUGCCAAGCAGAGCGUGGACGAUAAUGUCUCGUGCCGUACCACAUUGACAAAUAUGAGCAGCUCAUCGGGCCCUAAUGCAUCAUGCUCCUAUGGCCGGGUUGGGGCGUCUACUCAAAUGCCGGGAGAGUUAUUUGGUUGUCCUAAGUCUCGGGCAAACACGAGGGUCUUGACGUCUUGUUCGUUUGAUUCCACCAAGGAAACUCCGGCAACCUAUCCUCAAACUAGUUCGAUGUAUGGGUCACAAGUAAGUUCAUGGAUCGAACAGGGGGGGCAUGACAUGAAGAAGACUACUAGUGUUUCGACUGCAAGUUCCAAAAAGCCCGAUGAAACAAGCAAACCAAGUCGUAAGAGGCUUAAACCAGGGGAGAACCCUAGGCCUAGGCCAAAAGAUCGCCAAAUGAUUCAAGAUCGUGUGAAAGAAUUGCGGGAAAUUGUGCCUAAUGGGGCCAAGUGUAGCAUCGAUGCUCUCUUGGAACGCACUAUCAAGCACAUGCUUUUCUUGCAGAGCGUAACAAAACACGCAGACAAACUAAAACAGACCGGAGAGUCAAAGAUUAUUGGCAAGGAAGGAGGGUUACGUCUUAAGGAUAAUUUUGAAGGGGGAGCAACAUGGGCAUACGAAGUUGGAUCGGAGUCUAUGGUUUGCCCUAUCAUCGUCGAGGAUCUAAAUCAGCCUCGUCAGAUGCUUGUGGAGAUGCUUUGUGAACAACGUGGCUUCUUCCUGGAAAUUGCUGACAUUAUUCGAGGAUUAGGACUGACUAUAUUGAAGGGGGUCAUGGAAACGAAGAAUGAGAAAAUAUGGGCACGAUUUACUGUUGAGGCUAACAGAGACAUAACAAGGAUGGAGAUAUUUAUAUCCCUCGUUCAUCUCUUGGAGCAAACAACAAAAAAUGGAGUGGAAACAACGCCCAAUGGUACUGAUAAUGAAGCAAUGAAGGGUCACCAGUUCCACCAAGCAGCCAGUAGUUUGCACUGAUCCACCAUGGCACGAUCGAACGGCCUGUGUCUGGAUAUACGUUAAGAGCGAGCGACCAUCGUGCUUGCCAUGACUAACUUCACUCCAGGUAGAUCCUUUUGGUGGUCCGGUCCAAAUGUUAACUCUGAUCUUGUGCUCGUCCUGUAGUCCUGUAUCUAAAUCUGAAGUCUGUCUGGGCUAGGAAGAUUUGAUUAUUCGAUGACUUGAGUGAGAGUAUUGUAUUUCCAGAAUGUAUGUAUUACUGAGCCCGACUCUUAGCGCAACGAGGCUCUAGAACAUAUAUAUGUAUCCCUAGCUAGCUAGGAUGAGUGUUGAUUGCAUAAAUUACGUAGUUUAUUUGAUUCAUCUCCUUGAAGCAGUAGUUUGUUUGUGUAGGUGAAACUAUUUUCUUUUAAAUGGAGUGUUGAUUCAGAUCUGAUGAUAGGGCUUCUGUACAGAGAGAUGGGAGAUGAUAGGAAGGGAUUUGUUCACCAAAUUAGCACUAUUUUUAUU